CACAGCUCUCUAGCUAGCUUUUACUAGCUUCUUGCAGUAGGGAGUAGAGACCACUGUCGCUGGGAAUGUGUUCGAAUCGUCGGCCUUUAAGAGUUAUACGUCUAACGCCGAUUUAGGUAACCUUCAAAUAAUUUCGCUGCUUUUUUCGUUUUCUAAUUUCACUGAAUACGGAAAAGCAAAACCAGCAGGUGCAGCUGUCAGUUCAGGACAAAAGGGCUGCAAGACACUACCGGCGAAUAAACUCAUCGGUUUUACCGUGAUGGAUAAAAAUGGCAUGAAGUACAGUGUACAACUGUAUGUAUACGACCUGUCAAGAGGAAUGGCCCGUAGUCUCAGCCCCAUAAUGUUGGGAAAACAACUUGAUGGAAUUUGGCACACUGCCAUUGUGGUGUAUGGAGACGAAUUCUUCUUUGGAGGAGUGGGCAUCUCUAGUUGCUCACCAGGUGGGACCAUGCUUGGCCCUCCAGACAAUGUGGUAGAGUUGGGAGACACAGAGGUGUCAGAGGAUAUCUUCAUGGACUACCUUGCCUCUCUGGGUGAGAGUGCAUAUAGAGGUGAUAGGUACAGGCUUUUUGAGCACAACUGUAACACCUUCACCAAUGAGGUAGCCCAGUUCCUGACCGGCAGGAACAUUCCCUCCUACAUCACAGACCUGCCUUCUGAAGUGUUGUCCACGCCGUUCGGUCAGAUACUGCGGCCCAUACUGAACUCCAUUCACAUCGCCCCUCCAGGCGGCAACGUCAUCAACGGACGCCACAACAGUUAAAUCUGCCAGAUCGCAAUUCACCCCAUUCCCAUUAUGCACGCUCACAUACACAUUUAGGUAAACACAAUAAAUUCAAAUUUCGUUGGAAUUGUGUGAUUGGAGAAAGAAGUCGAUACCUGAUCUACUAAAAGUGAGUUUAGUAGUCAUUCUCUUGGUUUUUCGUGCUUUUGUUGGACAUGAUUUUAUUCUUUCCCCAUCAGCAAUGCUAUUCUUGAUUAUUUCCUAUUUGUGUAAACUAACAGACAUUCUGAAUUCACUGUGUAAUGCAAUCUGAAUUAUCUGUCCAUCAUGAGCAUUUUAGAGAAUGUCUCUUUGACAUCGAUUAAUAUAUGAUUCAUGAGACUAUUGUCUUGUAUCUCUGGCCAGGAGGGUGUGGGUUUCAAUGGUCUUGCUGACCUCACACCAGAGUGUGUGUGGUAAGCACACCUGCCAUCAGUGUGUGUUUGUGAUGCAUACAACUCUGUGCCUUCAUCAUUCUUUUUGCAUUCUCACAUACACACGGUUUCUAGUACUGUAAAUGUGUUGUUGUGUUUACAUUGAGAUAGUGUCAUAUCAGUGUUAACAGCCUAGCACCAGAUCAGCAGUAACACGGUUCUGUUCUAUCUCGAUGAAGAUUAUAACCUUGAGUUGGUUUAAAGCAGAUCUGGCACCAGGCUUGAGUUUACAAUAUAUGCUCUAAGUUGCCAUUUAGAUUUUCACUUCACUUUAAAAAGUCACACUUUAUUGUCAUUCAGACAUACUUCAGUGCUUGACACCGUUUAAAUAUCAAGAGAAUUCUUUGUUAUUGAGACUAGAGGACAUAGACUGAACCGUUUAACCUACACCUACCAAAUGUUGUGUGAGCUUUUCAGGGCUGGCAAUAAAACCACAUUCACUUAGCCUAUGAAAACUCAUUAGAAAAGGACUCAAACGACUUCAAAUGAGUUGGACAUCAGACGACAUAUCCCUUUACAAAACAAAAAAAAAGCAUUCUUCCCCGUUGUGCUGAACAGAGCUCCUCUGGGCCGAGCAGACUGUAAACAACAGAUGGAAUACUGUAUUUAGCUGGGUUGUUCCCAUAGUAGUUUGUGUAUGCUGCGAUGACAGACUGCAAUCGAGCCCAGCCCAUCACCUAAGUUUUGUACUCGCUGGGUUUCACUUCACAUGAUGUUCAGCCAACCUGACCACUGAAAUGUAUCACACAAACCCUCCACACCUUAUACUUUUACAUGCUAUAGGUCUUGAUUCAGGAUUUGAUAAUUGCUGGCUGCUACUUGUAAUGAGACAUUUUAAUAUAUAUUUCUGGAUAAUAAUAUAUUUGUGUAUAGUUGUUUAUACAAGUCAUAUUAUGUCAUAGUAAAUAUUAUUUGGCAUUUGCUUAUUCACUUGUUUUGUAUCUAUCUAUAAAUAAAGCCAAUGACUGCA